AGGAAAUUCUAGUGUAGAUAUUAAAGGAAAGCGAAAUGAGAUUAGUAGAUAAGAUGGUGAUGAGGUUGACAGUGAAGACACUGAGAGUGACACGAAAAAGAAGGUAUCUACAUAGCCGACUUCAGUCUACUCACAGUAUCAAAAUGAAGAUUUAUUUAUUGUUUUUAUUAUUAUGUUUCAAACUUUAGUUUUUUGUUAUUUUGUUAAAUGUAGUUUUUUUUAUUAUUAUUUGAAAUCGUAGGUUUCAUGAUAGUUUUUAGCUGCGGAAGUCGCCGUGGUAAUCCUUGAGAGAGAGUAUAUCUUGCCGCGUGCAAAAGAGAGACGGAGAGAGAUGAAGUUUUAUUUUUUUUUGUUGGGAUGCGGAAGUAAAAAAAUCCGUGUUAAAGGAAAUACGUUAGUUUUUAAUACUUUUUGAUGAAAAAAUCUCAAAAAAAAGUGGGCAAUAUGCGUGCGUAGGCUACCUCUACCUCUACCUCUACUACCUCUACCUCUUCGUUCGUUUGCUUCUUAUGGUCUCAGUUUCCUCCUUUCCCACUCGUUGUAUCGAAGAUGUGGAGGCUCAUACCCACAAAUUCCCACUGGCUUCUGCCCAGAAACGCCACGGCCAACCCUAUAACCGAUGCUCUCAUCCGCAUUAAGUACUGCACUGCGCAAACUCAGAACUCGGUUAAAGAAAUUAGCAACAUUCUCACGCAGAAGAACUGGAAGUUCCUUAUGGACUCAUCAGACAUACCCAAUAAGCUAAACCCAGAAGUAAUUCGCUCCGUCAUUCGCCAUAACCGGUUGGUUGAACCAAAACGCCUCCUCGAUUUUUUUAUAUGGUCCGAAACCAAAGUGGGUACUUCAAAGGAUUUGGAGGUGUUGUCUCUUCUUGUCAUUUCCCUUUGUAAUUCAGGUUUUUAUUUGCCUUCCUGUGAUGUUAUUGAUCGUAUGAUUAAGUACUGGAAGUCCCCUUUUGAUAUUUUGAGCUGUGUUGCUAGGUGUUUUAGAGAAUGUGCUGGCUCUAGACCUGUCGUUUUUGAUAUGCUGAUUGAUAGGUAUACGAAAUUGGGUUUGUUUGAUGAAGCUGUGGAUGUGUUUUUGGGUCUGAAAAGUGUUGAGUUCUUGCCUAGUUUGCUUUCGUGCAAUUUAUUGCUGAAAGAGUUGUUGAGGACUAACAAGAUGGGAUUGUUUUGGAAGGUCUAUGAUGGGAUGCUGAAGAUGAAAAUAUCCUCUGAUGUGUUUACUUAUUCUAAUGUUAUUGAGGCUCAUUUUAGGACUGGUGAUGUCGAUGGGGCUAAAAGGGCCUUCUUGGAAAUGGAUGAAAAGGGUUGCAGUCCAAAUGUGGUUACAUACAAUGUGAUGAUUAGUGGUUUAUGCAGAGCUGGGCUUGUUGAUGAAGCUGUUGAGAUGAAGAAGUCAAUGGCCGAAAAGGGUAUAGUCCCUGACAAGUAUACUUACGUAACCCUUAUUAAUGGAUAUUGUAGGAAAAGGAAACUGGCAGAUGCUAGUAAGUUGUUAAAUGAAAUGGUUAAUGCAGGGUUGAAGCCUGAUGAAAUUGCCUACAAUCCUUUAAUUGAUGGGUUUAUGAAAAGUGGUAAUGUCGAAGAGGCUUUUAGAAUUAAAGAUGAAAUGGAUAAGCAUGGUAUAAGGUUAGGUCUUGUCAAUUAUAACACUAUUCUUAAUGGAGUUUGUAAGGCUGGUUUGAUGUACAAGGCUAAAGAUAUUGUUGAUGAGAUGAUUAGAAUGGGCAGCAGACCAGAUUCUAGAACUUAUACAUCGUUGAUUGAGGGCUAUUUCCGGGAACGUGAUACUGUCAAUGCUUUCAAAAUGUUUGAUGAGAUGAAAAAGAGGAACUUGGCACCUACAAUUGUAACGUACGGUGUGAUAAUUAACGGGUUAUGUCGUGGUCAAAAUCUUGAUCAAGCUAAUGAUGUUCUCGAGGAAAUGGUUUCAUUUGGGUUAAAACCAAAUUCUGUCAUUUACAAUACUCUUAUUUCUGCCCAAGCAAAGGCAGGUAAAUUUGAAGAAGCAAAAAGGAUUUUAGAUAAGAUGAGGGAACGAGGGAUUUCACCGGAUAUAUUUUGCUACAAUUCUUUAAUAAUGGGUCUGUGCAAAGAAAAUAAGUUGGAAGCAGCUAGGAUUUGCUGGGAUGAAAUGUUGGAAAGAGGUUUAAAGCCAAAUGCGUUUACUUUUGGAGCUUUUGUUCGGGCAUAUACUAAUGUUGGGGACAUGCAGAUGGCUGACAAGUAUUUUAAUGAGAUGCUUGCAUAUGGUCUGGUGUCUAAUGAUGAAGUUUAUGCAGUCUUGGUUGACGGACACUGCAAAAAAGGGAACUUAACAGAAGCUAAUUUAGCAUUUACAAGUAUGCUAGCUCGUGGAAUUCUCCCAGUCGUACGAACAUAUGGGGUUCUUAUAAAUGGUCUUUCAAGGAAUGGGAAAGUGCAAGAAGCCCUAAGUAUCUUGUCAGAACUUUGUGAGAAGGGCUUGAAUCCUGAUGUUUACAUAUACAACUCUCUCAUCACUGGUUUCUACACACAAGGUGAUGUAGACAAGGCUAUGCAGCUUCUUGAUGAGAUGUACAUAAAGGGUGUAAAUCCUAACAUUAUGACGUACAAUGUUUUGAUUAAUGGGUUAUGUAAGGCAGGUGAUAUUGAAAAAGCUAAGAACUUAUUCAUUGGCAUUGAGGAAAAGGGAUUGAUCCCCAAUAGUGUGACAUAUGCUACAAUGAUAGAUGGUUAUUGCAAAUCCGGAAUUGUGGACGAGGCAUUCCAACUAUUUUAUGAGAUGCCAUCAAAGGGAGUCCCAGCCGAUACUUAUGUUUACAAUGCUCUUCUUGAUGGAUGCUGCAAAGAAGGAAAAUUGGAGGAAGCACAGGAGAUUUUUCGAGAUAUGUUGCUUAAAGGCUUUGCCUCUACAAUGUCUUUCAACUCAUUGAUUGAUGGGCUCUGUAAAAGGAACAGACUGGAAGAAGCUAACCAUUUAUUGGAAGAAAUGUCAGAGAAACAGAUCUUGCCUGACAAUGUAACCUAUACAACUCUGAUCAGUUAUUAUUGCAAUGCUCAAAAUAUGCAGGACGCUAAAGGACUUUUCUUGAAGAUGCAAGCAAUGAAUCUUACCCCAACUGUUGUAACCUUUACCUCGCUUCUAAAUGGUUACAACAUUAUAGGAAAUAGAUCUGAAGUUCUUUCUCUAUUUGAAAAGAUGUUAGCUGAUGGGAUUGAACCUGACAAAGUUACAUAUUGUGUGCUCAUUGAUGCUCACUGUAAAGAAGGGGAUAUAAAAGAAGCUUUAAGGUUGAAAGACGAGAUGUUAAAGAAGGGUGUUCCCAUGAGCUUUGGUGCAUGUCAUGCGUUAAUACAAACCCUAUGUGAAGCAGAAGAGUUUUUACAAGCAUUGAGCUUCCUUACUGAAAUCGGAGAAGCAGGGCUCAGUCUAAGUCUUUCUGCAUGUAGCAUGAUAGCUUCUGGUCUGCAAAGGGUUGGGCAUAUGGAUAAAGCUGCGGAGGUAUUGGAGCACAUGAUAUCUUUUGGAUGGGUUACAAACUCUGCAAGCUUACCUGACUUAAUUGCUGGCAAUGAAAAUAUUGUAAAUUCUGAGGACUCCAAUAAUCUCAUCAAGCAAAUGGCUUAGAAAAAAUGCCUCUUUGUCGUGUUACAUUGUGAUUGUGGUCCACAUUUUCCUUGGACAACCCCAAUUGCAAGACGGACAUGUUAUUUAUUCAUAUUUCCGUAAGAGUCAUCACUCACAGUUUUCUUCUUGAAUAAAUGCUGUCAGCUGAGAUGCAGUAAAAUGAAGGGCUGAGAAUUACAUAAAUUGUUCUUGAUUUGAUCCACUUCGAUUUGUAGCUCUCUGCUUAUAUGCAGGGUGCCUUGUGUGCUUAAUUGUUUGUCCCAGAAAUGAUUUAAACCCACUUGGUGGGUUUGACUAUGAUAGUGUAGCCCCAGCCAGAUCCCAUAAUCUUUGGAAAGCACGAGUAACUCACCCUGAAAACUGUAAUCAUGUCUGAGCACCUUAUAAACCCGAAUGCUUAACUAGCUGCUUAUUUUACUAGUUGCCUCUAUCAAAAUAGGAAAUUUUAUUUCUGCUGGCCUUUGGAAUUUGGCCUGCAGUAGCUAUGUUUUAUUCCACGUGUAGAGCUCCAAGGAGAACCUGAGGAGCAAAAUUUGGGUACAAUAAUUCUUUGAUGGCUGUUUUAAGAUAUACCUAGUACAGCCUGUGUAUUAAACAUCUCUUUGACAAUUUUAGUUCUUGUUGUAUUUUUAUACUGUUUGAAAUAAUCAACGACUUUCAGUUACAA